ACAAGGGCUGUACUCUGGACCUAUGAACACACACUCACACACACACGCACCCACACACAUGUACGCACACACACACACACACACACACACAUACAAGGGACAAGACCUCAAACAUGAAGUGAAUCAGCUUUAUUUGUUUGGAGACUGACGGACUGGCCAGUAGCUGACGCAACCAGAGAUGAACGAAGCCGCUCGUCUCCAAGUGAUCCAGGCGGGGGACGGGAGGACGCUGUCCAGAGCAGAGUUUCUCUCGCUGCUGAGAACCUACAACUGCUUCCUCAAGGAUCAGACUCAGCUGCACCUCAGUUACUCUCAGGGUGAUGGUGGAGAAGUGGUGGUGGAGGGAUUCCUGAACAUCUCCUGGGGAGUGCGGAGGCCCAUCAGGCUGAAAAUACAGGACGAUAAACAGACGCUUCCCUCCGCUCCUCUGAUCUCCCCUGACCCCGUCAGUCCCGUCAGCCUGCUCGACAACAAGAGGGGUAUGACUCGAUGGGGAGAAUAUGUUGACCUCCACCACAUAGACGAGAUGGCGGAGACGCCACAGGACACAGUCGUCACCAGUCCUUUACCAGGCCCGGCUGUUUAUGAGACCACCACACUGCGUCCUGUGAGGACCAAGCACUCAGAGCUGGAGGCGGAGUCCAACCUGUUUCGCUGUAUGAGCGACGCCUCAUUGGUCAAGAGGAGGAGGGGUCGGGGAAAGUCAGCAGCACAAAGAGAGAAAGAAAGGCAACAUCGCUUUUCUAUCAAUGGACACUUCUAUAACUAUAAGACCUCCAUCUUCACCCCAUCCUUCGGUACGCCAACUAAAGUUCGUAUCACCAGCAGGAUGACCACCAACCAGGUCAUUGAACAGCUACUACACAAGUUCAAGAUAGAAAACGAUCCCCAGGAGUUUGCUCUGUACUGCAUCCACCAGAGUGGAGAAAAGAGGAAGCUCAGUGACAGGGACCAGCCCCUGUGGGAGCGCAUACUGCAGGGACCCUCGGACGACAUCAUGAGGAUCUUUCUGAUGGACAUGGAUGAACAGGAAGUCAGCAAUGAUGUAGCCCAGUACCUGAACUUGGAGCUUCCUAUCCUGGAGCAGGUUCUACUGAAACUCAGAGAGGAGGAGAACAGAGAGAUACAGAGGAUCAUUGGCAAGUACCACCACCAGCACAGACUCCUAUCGCACAUGCUGAACCGUAAGAUGUCACCUCACGUGGAAACCAGUGUCUGACGACUGCUGAUCUGCAUCACUGCCACAGUUUGUUUUUGUUUGUUUUUUUACAAUGUUUUUAACUUUAAAAUGGGUAGAAACCACAUGACAUACUGAUACCCUUACAGAUAAACAACAAGAAGUAAGAAAAGUAGUUUUCAUCUCUUACAAACAGAGUCACUGAUGUCAUUUUUAUUCACUCUGAUCUUUUGCGUCAUAUUUUUAAACUGUAAAAUAAAUUCACGAUAAUAUUGCAAGAUGCUUUUGUAAAUAGCUGUAAAUCAAUGUUUUGUGUCCAUUAAUA